GGAAAUCAAGACAAAUAGAAGGAUAAAUUUACCAUUCACAUUCAUUAUUAACUUUUUCUCUCCAGUUAUUUGAAUUUUUCUAAAUCAGUCUCAAUCGGGGAUGACGAGCAACAGUCUAACUAAACAUGGUUUCACGAAUAGUCUCCCAAUAAUUGUUGAGCAUGUUGCGGCGUAAAAAAGAUUAAUGUUGGGUGUAAUUUGUAAAGUUUACAAGUGUUGUAACUUAUAGAUGAAUGACAGCUGAAGUUUUUUUCCUCAAACUAAUUAGAGGUAUGACUAACUAUCUUUUCACCCUAAGGAUUAUUUACGAAUCAACACAUAUAUCAGUUUUGCCAUUCGAACUGCUUUUGAGAAUAAUUCGAUGGACCAUUGGCAGCCAUCUAAAUAUACGUGUUCUAGGCGUUUUAUCUUGUGUAUGUCGUGGUUUCUAUCUGUUGGCUAAUGAUAAUUCAAUAUGGAGAGAUAUUUGUUUCAAAUUAUGGCCAGUAUGGCUAACAUAUGACAAUAAUAAUAUCGGUUGUAAUAAUCAACUUAAUUAUUUAUCCUCAAUGAAUUACACUUCAUGGCGUGAAAUGGCUAUUUAUCGACCACAAGUUUUAUAUCAUGGAUGUUAUCUUUGUCGUGUAACCUAUGUUAGAACAGGAGAACCGGAAAUAGGCUCUUCUUAUAAACCUGUAUUUAAAGUUGUCUAUUAUCGUGGUAUACGUUUUCAUGUUUCAUCAAAUCAAAUCAGCAUGUUCACUGCGCCAUUAGAUCCAUCUUCAAUUGUGGCAGUUUUAAGCAAAUCACAUCAGUCCUUGUCAUCAUCAGUGGAUGUCAGUUUAGUUGGAAAUAAUAACAAUAAUAAUUCCAAUUCCGAAGCAGUUAUGAAAACAGCUGUUUCUGGUACAUUAUUGAAGGGAACGUAUGAAUGGUAUGAUCAUGAUUCUAUUGUGUGCACUUUACAUCAAUUUUCCGAUAAACAAAAUCGACCCCCAAUAAGGAGACGCCAACAUUUGGGUCCUGUUGUUCCACAGUUAACAGUUACUUUCACAAUAAAAUUUAAAAUCGGUAACAAAAAAGGUUGUCUACACAAUCAGCUCCUGUGGGAUUCGUAUGUUAUCCAUACCUUUGAUAAAUCCAGUGAAAGUGAAAGUACCACCGUGUUAGAACUAACCAACCAACAUUUCCCACCCUGUCAUUUUGUUCGAGUGCGAAACUUCAUCCCAGAGGUGACAGCCUCACCACUUUGAUCUGUUUUCACUACUAACCCUGGUUAAUCUUAUCUUUACAAAAAUAUUUCUCAACAUACAAAUAUUUCUAUAAGUACAUGCAGUUUUUUAGUGUUAACUCGUAUCAAUUACUCUCCUUAAUGUAUUUGUUUAUUUUACUUACGGUUUCAUUUUUGAAUACUUUACUCUGAUUUACUUUGUCGCUGUUCUUACUUCAACUUAAGUUCUAUACAUAAGUAUAUUUACAUCAUACAUGUGUACAUAAAUGCAUGUUGUUCAUGAUUUAUGUAAUAUUCGACUUCUCUAACUAGUUUCAUCAUAGAUUUUAAUCCACUCGCGUUUACUGUAAUGAAGGUUUAUCUAAAUAGAUCUUACAUAUCUACUACAAAAUAAUGUCUGGCAUUCACAGUUCUUUAUUUAGUUGACUAUUAUGCAUUACAAACAGCAUAAAACGAUAAUUGUAUUCUUUAUACUAAUGAAAUCAAGACAAAUGAAUAUCAAAAGUUUAAAAUCUGAAGUAAGGCGUAUUCCUCACUGUGGAUCCGAUUACUAAGUUAUUAAAUGGAGAGAAAAUCUAGUUUCCCAGUCAUUCUUUCAGCCUGAUAAUAACUCAUUUCGAAAUGGUUGAUCUUGAUUCCCACACGACCGAAGAAAUUUCUCCAUAAGAAUACUCUCAUAUGAUUGUGUAGUGCAUCAAUAUUUAUUACAAUCCCGCUAGUCAAAAGUUGACUCUUUCAUUUUGUUGACGGAUGACUUGCUUUACCCACUCACUUUUUUUCUACCUGGUCAAUAACUUCCUCUGAAAAAUUGUUUUCAAUGUAAAUUUUGUUGUAGCCGUAAUGAAAUUAUUCGUCAUAGUGAGACUCGUUACAUUUGAUGCUUACAUACUAACGUAGGUUCCAAAAGAAGUUUAUUCGAUUUAAAUUUAGGAAACCCACCCAUCACCUGUAUUUUGUACCUCAGCUGGAUUUAGGAAACGCGUAUAAUUGGUGAGAGUUUCCUUCAGUUCAUUUUGGAUUGAUAUAUAGCUGUGUUUGUGUAGGUAUUGCACUAAUCUGCUGAGUUGAAGUUUCGUUAUCUAAUUCAAUUUCCACUAAUCGUUUGUGUUUCUUAACUGAGAUAACUCACAUGGAAAUUUAACUGCUUUCUCCUCCUAUGCUCCCGAUGUGAUUAAGGAUAUCUAACCAGCUGAGUAGUGAGUCUACUAAGUUCUUGAUGAUGCUGUUAAUUUCAACAAUCCGAUUCGCUUUCAGUAUGAUUUAUUCUACACAGACAUCAACUUCCAACACGUCUGUUAUUGGCUAGUCAGUUUACUCAAUUUUGCAUGCCAUACAAAAACCAGAGUUCAGAACCAAUAGCAACAUUGAAUAACGACCGUAUGAUACACAGAAAGUUUUAAGAAUUCCGGAAGAAAAUCAACUAAUAUUAGGUGCAACUUCUAUCAACAGUAGAAACCUUAUCAUAAUCUAAAGUAUUAUUUACAUGAUAACAUCACAUUACUGAACUAAGCUUUAUACAACGCUUACAGUGUUUAGAUAGUAAUUUUCUAUCGGACCUAACUUCCUUACCUUACGAUCGUAACUAAAACUUCUGAAUUAUUAACGACAAACUCUCCUGAUCCAUCAUUUUCCCAAACUAAAAAAUCGAGAAUCAAAAGGAAAGUACUUACUUACGCUUGUUACUCCUAAAGGAGCAUAGGCCGCCAACCAGCAUUCUCCAAAAAACUUUGUCGUGGGCUUUCCUUUCCAAUCCUAUCCAACUUUCUUUCAUUUUUCUCAUGUCUAUCUCC